AUGGGAUUAAACCGCCAAGAUGCAAAUGAAAGUCAAAAGAAUGAUCAAGUUAGGAAACGAAACCCGUAUGACAGGCGAUCAUUCGAUCCUGAGCCAUAUAGGCCUAAUAUAAUCUAUCGUCAUGGAAUUCAUCCGGACUUGCGCACAGAGUCUCGUGACAGAUAUCCAUUUGGUCAGCAGCCGUCUAGACAAAAUUCUACAGACAACGAAUUCUUCCCCGAUCAUGUUGAUGACCACAAAAAUCGAAUUCCAUUUUGGAAAGUAGGCAACGCUUAUCGUAUUCACUCGCCUGACGAGGGAGAAUCAGCAGAGAGAAGCACUAUUAUGUCGUCACUUGAUGACGACGAACAUCUACCAAACUCCGUUCAGCAACCAGUUGAUAGUAAUAAAACUACUAGAGUUUCGAUGCCACCUUCAAUUUCAGUUCCAAAUCCCGUUGAACAGACGUUAGAGACCCCUGGCCAGAUAACGCAACAACCGAUAAAUUUAAUAAAAGACAUGCAAAACAAACAACCAUUUACCAAUAACCAAAUGGAUAGAAUACCACCUGUAAAUCCGGAUUUCGUAAUGGCGAAUGAUGAUCGCAAAAAAUAUGGCUCGUUAUACUCUCUUGAAGAAGUUCCUCUAAUGAGCCGCAAAGUGAUGUUAUGCCGGUUUCUGUACAGUCUUUGCCGAUUUCCAGCAAUCGUGAUGCUCUUGAUUGGGCUCUGGCUUAUAACCCUACGUGAGGGUAUAGCUGGGUUGAAAACUUCUGAACGAAUAAUGGUCAUAUGCGAAGUGCUUACUGGAUUAGUCGUUGCGCUUGGCCAGAUCCUUGGUUUACACACUGGCAAGGAGCUUGAGAAACAGAAACUUCAGACUCGUUUCCGCUUAUACCAUCUGUUUAUCAACAUGCUUUCUUCGGUGGUCGUCUUGGUGUCAUCUACAAUUGCACUACUAGAAUUAAAAAAUGAUGAAGAUACAGCGAACAACUGUAAAGGUUAUACCUGUUUUUCGCGUGAUCAGCGAGAAACAUUUUCAGCUGUUUCACUGUGCAUGUCUAUUACGUUGGUUAUUGUUGCCGGCUCAGCAUUUGGUUACGGCUUUUUCGCGUACCGCAAAUUCUACAAUAAAUUUGGUAGAAGAAUAGGCAACUAA